GGGUCGUUUGAAUUCGGUAAUUCGGUUGGUGACUUUAGUGUUAGCUUAUCGCAGCAGGAGAUUAACUUGGUGCAAGUCUGUUGACAACUUAAAAUAAGCCUUAAAUCGAUUUUUUUUUUUUUUACGCGUAGCAUGUUGUAAUUUUAUUCCUUCUGUAUAUAGACAUGGAGGAGCCGACAGCACACACAUUUUCAUCCUUACAGGAGGAGCUACGAUACUGGAAAGAACAAGCACACACACAACAGCGAAGGGCGGAAGAGACUCAGGAGGAGCUGCAGGAGUUUCAGCAGAUGAGUCGAGACUACGAAGCGGAACUGGAGACAGAAUUAAAGCAAUGCGAAGGGCGAAACAAAGAGCUGCUGAUGGACAACAAUCGACUUCGCAUGGAGCUGGACAGUAUAAAGGAGAAAUUUGAGUCCCAGCAUUCUGACGCUUUGAGGCACAUCUCAGUGCUGGAGGAAGAUCUGGCACAGACCACAGCAGUUAGAGAUCACCUGCAGAAGUAUAUCAGAGAAUUGGAACAGGCUAAUGAUGACCUAGAGAGGACAAAGAGAGCUACCAUCAUGUCUCUGGAGGACUUUGAGCAGCGGAUGAACCAGGUCAUCGAGAGGAAUGCCUUUCUGGAAAGCGAGCUGGACGAGAAGGAGAACAUGCUCGAGUCCGUUCAGAGGCUUAAAGACGAAGCCAGAGACCUUCGCCAGGAGCUGGCAGUACGACAGAAGGAAAGGCGUCCGUCCAGCAGUCUGGGCAAAGACGCAGAUCGUUCAGAUUUAGGCUGCUCCUCUCCAGUAACCCCGUCUAUUCCCGUCACACCUUCCAAGCCUUUCAGCUCGUACAUCACACCUGCCUCCAGCAUCCGGAGAGGAGACAGUCUAACGGGGACCCCACUUACCACGUCCACCAGAAUUUCUGCACUGAACAUUGUUGGGGAGCUGCUGAGAAAAGUUGGAAAUUUAGAGUCCAAGCUGGCAUCUUGUCGAGACUUUGUGCACGACACGUCUGUGAACAGACCAGCACUCGCUGCCGGUCCAUGUAGUCCUUCAGUUUUAGAAGCAGGCGCUGAUGUCCGAGCCAGUACCUUGAGCCCUCCUCCUCAUUACGACAGUUUGGUAAAGCGAUUAGAAUUUGGACCAGCUCCUCCAAGAGGGGUCUCCCAGGGUCCUCUGUCCCCACAGGGAGGGGUCAAAAUCCUGCUUUAAGAUGGUAAAAUGGCGACUCCUCCUUUCUCCAUUCUUAAACUACAAGAGGAGCCAUCUUUACUUGUCGCCUGUUUUGUGGAAUGGCGUACAACAGCAAAGGUUUCCUUCUUGCGUCGAUCCUGUCAGAGCAACAGAAGUGACCCCCCCCCCCAUCCAUCAGCGCACGGACUUCUGCCGUCUCAGGCUAAUAUCACAGGAAGCAGCACAUUUUGAGUGACACUAAGAAAUGCAGAAUCUACUUCUUGCACCACAACUUCCACUGUGUCCAUGAUGAUCCGUGGUGUCUCAAGCUCUUCUGUGUCGCCCAUUAAACUCAUUUAGUCCAGCUGCUGCAUCUACCCAUCGAUCAUGACCUACACUGGGACCCGUUUUAAUUAGAAUGAUUCGGGUUUAGGGACCAAGAAGGCGGCAUGGGAGUUUAUUAUAUAUAUCAUAUCAAUGUUAUGCUUAUGACCAACCAAAGCUCUGAUAAACAAAAUAAGCAAAAUGUUAGAAUUUAUUUGUCCAGCUAAAAAACAACUAUAUUAACAGAUUCUUCCGAUCUUUGGCGUAGACUGUUUAAUUGAGGGAAUUUUAGUAUUUUAGAUAUUGCUGCUUUUUUUUUUUUUUUUUUUUGCUAGUUUGUAACAUU